UUUAUUUCAGGAAUCCUUCUCAGAGCACUUGGGCUUCACUGGUGGGAUCGUGCAGGGGCUGGAUUUGUACCGAGCUUCCGGAAAAUUCGAGCUCCUGGAUCGGAUCCUGCCCAAACUCAGGGCCACCAACCACAAGGUGCUGCUCUUCUGCCAGAUGACCUCGCUGAUGACCAUCAUGGAGGAUUAUUUCGCCUACCGGGGCUUCAAAUACCUCAGGCUGGACGGCACCACCAAGGCCGAGGACCGGGGCAUGUUGCUGAAGACGUUCAACGAGCCGGGCUCCGAGUAUUUCAUCUUCCUGCUGAGCACGCGCGCCGGCGGCCUCGGCCUCAACCUGCAGUCGGCCGACACCGUCAUCAUCUUCGACAGCGACUGGAACCCCCACCAGGUAGGGCCGGGCUGGAGAAACCCCAAAAUUAUCUGUGGAGUUGAGGUGGAACCCCAAAAUCUGCUCAGAAAUUGGAGGAACCUCCAAAAUUAUCCAUGGAGUUUAGGUGGAACCCCAAAAUGGAUCCAUGGAUUUGAGGUGGAACCCCAAAAUCAGCUCAGAAAUUGGAGGAACCCCAAAAUUAUCCGUGGAGUUUAG